AUGGAGAUGAAUCAACUACGUAAAGACAGUGAUGAGGACAGCACAACAGACCCGGCGGUAGUCGGUAUCUCGGAGGUUACGAAUGUUGGACAAAUAGCGAAAAUAGACCCAGAUGUGAGUGGGGAAGAACUGGAGCCGGGCCUUCGAUUCUACCACCAAGAGGUUUUGGCACAAGAACUCAGUUUGAUUAGAGACCUGAAGACUGCUCAGUUGCAAAUUACGGGAGCAAUCAACGAAUUGAUGCGGGAAAUGGAUUACAAGUCUGCGGACGACGACAAAAAAUACAAGUUUAAGUGGAGUACGGUGUCCACAUACAAUUUGCUCAAGUACUGCUAUGAUAUUGGGCCCUUUUACGGGUUUGAAAACGGCAAAGAUCCCUCGUUGCGCAAGCUGGAACAAAGCAGUUUUAUUUCGUUGAAAUGGGGCUGUGUAUGGUACGAUGUGCUGAGAUCUGCAGACUAUUCUUCACAAAUCGUGCCUACCGAGUUGCAGUGCAAAACUCGAUUUAAAUAUUUGCUUGAACAGGCUCACUCGCGACUCUUUAUUGGUGACAUCAAAAAACAAUUUAUUCUCACCGGUGUGCCCAGAGUGGACGCGAUACUCGAGAAGGUCACCAAACUCAAGUACGAGGCCGAGGAACGCAAGACGGUGCUUCAGAAAUUCGAGGGCCAGCGUGCAAAACGCAGCGUUAGCGACAUGAUUGGCGACACGAUCGAUUCUGGACUCGCAAGCGUGGAACCAGAGCUUGCGGACCUCAGCCGCAUAGGAGCAGACGCAAUCAACCCUCUCAAACGGAGAGUCGACAUAGCCGCAGCUGCAAGACUAGCAAACGAAGACUUUCGAGACAAACAGCUGGCUCUGCAGCAGGAACAGCUUGCAGUUGAGCACGAACGUCUGGCGCUCUCAAGGCAAAAAGAGGCGCGUGAGGCUACAGAUUCCAACGUGAAGCGAGUAACGUCUAUUUUGGGAAUUUUGGGCUACGCGCACGAUCUCGACAACGAGCGUCUGCGCAUCAAGGACACCUUGCUGCAUGUUUUGCAAAACGCGCUACACGAUCUGCAGACGAGUCCGCAUUAA